AUGGUGGGUACUUGGAAGACACUGUGCCGAGAGCUUCUUCUCCCGGAUGAACGUCUGGACGUCCCAAUCUUGAACAAAGAUUCAAAGAUUUGCAAAGAUUAUUUCCUUUGGCGAAAAAAAGGAUUAACUGGUGAUGACCCGCCAUUACCUGAAGAAGAAUCAGAUGACAAAGAACAAGCUCAACCACGCCGGCGCGCUGAUUUACCGAAGACGACCAAUGCGCAAGAAUCCUUACACCGGGUCUACUACAUGCUCUGUGAUGGCAAGUGUGGGAUCAUCGCCGGGAUGAUUCAACUAUUUGCAUUUGUUUCGAGUUUAGAGCGCGACUACGAGGCCAGAUGCAAAGGUAUCUCGGUGACUUACAGUUCCAGCAAUCAAAAUUGGCAAGAUAUUGUUACGUCUUUAGGCAUGGCCAAACCCACCAAACGCCGAUACGUUGCAAACGACGGCCGUGCACCGGACACCACCAAAGAACUGCUUGACGGUGCUGAGGCUAAAUCCGGCAAACCCUCCAAGAAGAAAGGUCCUGGAUGUCCUCGAGGAUCUUUGAACAUCAAUCGAAGCAAACACCUCGGGAGUUUAUUGAAACGCGGGCAGAACAUUAUUCACAAGGCCAUCCAAGCUCUCAAACCCGAGUCAUACACGUCCGACAAGUUUUGUUCUGCCGAUGGUUUCAUGGACAUGAUAGUAGACCACCCGCACACAAGGCCUCUUUUUGCUAUCAACGUGACUAAGACAUUAAUAUGUCAUCGCAAUGACAAACACAACCGAGCUACAAACAGAUCUUUAGGUGGUUUCCGGCUUUUCCCAUCGAUGUUCAGGGAGUCUGGUGUUGCUUAUGGUCAACUGGACAUUUUGCUAAAACAGUUAUUCUCUGAAGGUGUCCUAACCGAACCCGGCCUUGUAUGCCGUGGAUGUCAUCCAAUUAAGGAAAAAGGCCACGAGCAAGAGGACCCGACGUUAUAUGAUCAAUGUAUGAAGAUUGAAGAUACAUCCUUACCUUUGCAUCUCUAUUUUCUCAUGGACAACAUCAUGGCCUUAGAUUCCAAGGAACGAGGACGUUACAUGGGAGACACCAACUGGCCAGCGCGUCUAGAUAUAGGUGAAGCCAAAUAUCAGAUGGUCACCCGUGGUUUCUGGGGUGGUAACCAUUAUUGGUGCCAAGUGGUGCGGUCAGUAGAAGGUGUCUUGGGUGUAUGGCAUUAUGACGAGCUCAAGAAUGGAGGAUUUUCCCAGCUCAUAUCCCGCGACAUGGACAGCCUUUCUGGUUGUAUUGCUAACACCAGCUGGACGUGUUACAUGCGGGUCCCUUUCAAAGCGGAAACUGUCAAGAUCAAACAUGCCCUUCUGGACAUGAUGAAGAAGUUUCCAGAUCGACACCUCUCAAUACCUUUCACAAUGCCUACCAGCACGAUGCCAUUCGGAGGAGGCCUUCCUUCUCUUGAAGAAACUGACAACGCCAUUUUGACCACAACCUUGCCCGAAGAGCCUUCUUUGCCAGUUCGCAAUGACGCUGAUGCAGAUGAAGAAAUCUUAAAUGACAACGAUGACGUUCUCUACGUCGGGCUCAACCGUGAAGAACCUCAGCACGAUAAUGACAAGCUUCUCUACGGCAAUAUUGUACCUCUGGAUGAUGUGGAUGUCAUAGGAACCAAAGAGGCCGACAUUGAGGUUGAUGAGCUAUCUCAUCAACCUUCUGAGGAAAUCAAGACCCCUUUGGACCCUGUCAAAUUGAAGAUCAAGUUGGCCAUACCAAAGUUGAAUCCGUCAAUUGAAGAGGAGGCCCUUUCACCACCAGUAGCCUCCACAGAGGUCCAACCACGGAGCAAGCGCACGCGCAAUGCUACAAAGAAGGCUGAUGCCUCGCAAGCGGAUGACAGCUCUUCAGCGGCUAAACGAAAGGCAACAGCGGAUAAGCGCAAGGCUACAGCUUGCAAAGGGGCUCCAGGCUGCAGCGGAGAACCGCGAGCGGCUUAA